CAAGGAAAGAAUAGUCACCUCCCGAAAGGGUCGAAGUUGAGUUGUAUGCAUUGAACGUCGAUCAAAAGGAAGACAGCUCAGAGAAAUAGCUUCGACACCGCAGUCAAUUUCCGGCGUACCACGUCCCCAAAUGAAGGGAUGAAGACCCCGAUAAUGCAUUAUCACCAGCUGGAUGAUCCCCAUGAGGUCUUUCAAGCUUGUCUCGAAUAUAAAAGAUCGUCGGCGACAUCACUUGGACGUAGUUCUUUGUUACCCAAGAGUUCCUCUCUAUCUGCUUCGUUCUAUCCUUCUUUGGAAGGACUGACGAAAGAAUGUUCCAAAUACUUUCAUUCGGAAAAACCAUGGGAGAAUUCAAACAUUUCAAUGAAAAAGAAGACGCCCUCCAAUAGUCAGCAGUCCAAGCCUGCUUCUCUGUACCCUUCCCUGGAAGGACUGGCGAAUCAAUUCCCAAAAGCAUUUGAUCCAGAAAUACAGUGGGAAGGUUCGGCAGUGUCAGAGAAAAAGAGGGCGGCCUCCGAUAGCCCGUCUUCACCUGCAACUACCCAAGCUCGCAUGCCCCAAGCUUGCACGCCCGAAGCUUGUAUGCCCCGAGCUUGCAUGCCAAAUGACAAACGAUUUGCAGGAAUUGCUGAUGUGCAUGACAUCAACUACAGAAGGGGAUCAAUUUUAUCAAACAAUUCGGUGAAGGCUUCUUCAAAUACAAACACCACUGCUUCGGAUAGAGAGAGUAAUGUCGAUACUUUUGCGCCAUUUGCGUCAGCCGCUAGAAUGUCACGAGGCGAAGACUUUAAUAGUUACAUUCCACGUGAACACCGCACCGAUAAUGAUGACGACGAGUUGCUUGUUCAGAAAUUGGCUGCGUACAAUUUUGAAAAUAACGUUGACGGAACUCGCCACCCGGGAUCGGAAGCAAGAGCAUCUAUUAUUGCAACAGCUUCUACUGGGCCUGAGGCGGAGGCUACAAUUCUUGAUUGUGGAACAAUCCAUCCAUUUGAGCGUGAGUCCGCUGUACAAGCAGAACUAGUGGACCAAACAGAGAACGCCCGUGGUAUUUAUGGACAAGAUCGGCAUCAUCAGGAGCAGCGGCCAUCAGUCACCAAUACACUUUGCCACGAAGCCACUGUAGAGUCGCAACCUGAAGAUGCCGCUAAUCUUGUUUCUGUUUCUGGGCAAAGUAUCAAUGAAGAAAUUCCAACCGAAGCAACCGUUAUCGAAAGUGGAGAUCCAGAAAAGGCGACACUAGACAAUUGGUCAGAACACACAACUGACGCAGUGGUACUGCAGCAAGAAAGCGAAGUGAAUCCAUUCCAGUCUGCAGACGACUCGGAUGUGAAAAACUCGUAUUCACAAGACCACGAGGAGACGGCUACGGAAUAUCAAGAGCAACAUGGCAACAGAAGUUCAGAUACCAUCGCGAGCGUGAACAACGCUGCGAUUGCUGCAUGCUAUAAUAUUAAUCCUUUAGAGGUAACAAAUCAAUCAGUCCAAGCAGAAUAUAUGGGGAGCUCGGAAUCUACCAACAUCCCGUCCUCAAAUGAAGCAGAUAGAAUCGAAAACGCAGUGGAGAUAAGUGAGACCGAACACGCGACUGAGGCAAUGGUAUUGGAUAGUGGCCCUUCGGACAAAGCGACUAUAGAUGCGUGGAGUCCAACAGAAGAAGCGCAUGUACUACGUGAGAAUUACGAUGAAAUGGACGAAAGCAACGCUAAGGAUGCAGAACAGAGAGUAUCGUCAUGCACCGUAUCGUCCGUCGCAAGCACUGACUUGAGUAGCAAUGGUCAGGCUGAAAUACGCGAUAUUAGCGAACAUUUCCAUCCCUCUGAGUAUGUUUCUGAAACGGUUGCAACCGCAGAGCUUGUUGGAAACAAUCCAAACGAGGCUUGUACCCGGGAAAUCUCGAAUUCAAUGAUGCAUCCGCAAAGUGAUGGCGUACCUACAAGGGAAUCUAGUUCUCGAAUGGUGGAAAAUGUAAGUUAUUAAUACAUUCGAAAUGGAGUGAAUUCUCAGGAUUGUUUUCGCCAAAAGAGUCUAAUUUACAUUUGACCUCGCCAAACGUUAGCCAUCAAGUCGGAUUGCAAGGGAGGCAUAUUGUGGAACGGAAAACCAAACUGGCGAAACGAUAUCAUCAACCAUAAUACGCGAGAAACCAUGCAGUGAAAUCAUAUCAUCUAAUUCGGAAUUGAUGUACGACUCCUCUGAUCAGUCCUGGAAAGUGACCGCCCCUCGACAUGGUCCCAAUAAAAGUCAGAAGUCCAUGACUUUUUCGCUCCCAGCAAAGCAGCAAGUGGUGUCCCUCGCAACGGUUUGUACGCCCCCAAAAAUCGUCCCAAAUUCUAACGACUCUGCUUUCAGGAUGGCUCUCAUGCAAGGCGAUGUUGAUGGGGCAAUUCGACUACAUGAGACCUAUGAAGUCGAUCUGAUGACCCCGUUUGCGGAUAUUGACGGAGAAGUGUUGUAAGUUUUUGUGGUACUCUACUUGAUCGCAUUUUCAGCUUUUACGUACUGUUAUCCUCAUACUUUUGUUCCACUAACUGAUCUAACGUUAGAUAUCCAGUCCAUGUAAGUACCGGUACAAUGAAGCAGAGUCAGCCUUUGCCUGCUUUAUUUUGAAUUUGAUGUUUCUCAUUUUUCAUGUCCUCUAUUUUUUAGUGCGCAGUAGAAGGGGGGAGCUUACCACUACUGAAAUGGCUGGUUGACGAGAAUCAAUGCGAAUUGUGGUCAAUAAGCACCAGCGAUGAUACAAAUAACCUUACUCCGAUUCUCACGUCAGAUUCUAGGAGUUUAUUAAGCAUUGCAUUGGCGAAAAAUUCUAUCGAUAUCAUAAGAUAUCUCGUUGUUGAAAAAGGAAUGCGCUUGAGUGACGAAAAGGAUCUUCCUGUUGACAGAUUGCUCCAGACUCUCGAUUCGGUUCUUGCGAUCUUACCCGCAGAAAGAUGCGACGAACAAUCAUAGCUGGGAUAUAUGAGGUAGGCCAAAGCAGGACUUAUCACCCUUCGUGAACAUCGACAAGGUUAUGGACGCAAAACUUCAGAAGUUGAACUACUGAGUGUCUCGCGUUCCAUUCUUUCUCGAAUGAAGCAUUAUCCUUUUCUUGUGUUUGGGACUGUCAUUUGAAACUAUUUUUCCGUAUCAUUCUGCAAAGUAUAUCACUUGCCCUCUCCAGUUGAUGUAAAAAUUCUUUUCAAUUCCAAUCUACCGCGUAGUGACAUUAUGCAACUAUCGUGUAUGUUGCUCGCAAUGCAGUGAAAGUUCAAAGAAUACUAUACUCGUAGGCAUUUUUACGACUUAUUCUUUCCUUUCUAUUGAGCGUGCAAGAGACAAAACAAAUUUCAGGAUAGUGAUGCCUUCAUUGAAACUUAAACUUCGCUAGCAACAUGGGGGAAUUCUUUCGCAAUUUAUUCAUACUAAUUACUUUCAAUCAAAAAUGGACGUCACGCGAUUAAAUUGCGCAGUGGCUUUACGUAGCCUCAGGAUAUCUGAAUCCGAAACAAAAUUACAAUGUAUAAAAACUCAAUGCGUGACCGAGAAGAAAAUCGUGUCGAGAAGUCUGCCAUUCAAUGAAAUGACUAUGACGAAGAGAAUCCUUGCCGUUGUGAGGUGUCAAUUUCGUAAGGUUGAUGUAUUGGAUCCCUGCAUUCAUCCCUGCUAGUUUAGCUCUUGAAAAUCCUCAUAACACUGCAACUCUGCUUGCAAACUGGGCAUUCGGAUAAAUGAUUUCCACAAUCCGAACAGCAUACCUGAUGGCCACACGGAGCAAGGACACAGUUCAUCGAUUGCUCGCAACAAAUGAUGCAGGCAUCCUCUAUCGUAGAGGCUGAUGCAUCGCAGCAAGUGUUUGCGUAUCCAGAGGUGCGCAAUAAAUUGUUGUCUUUACUCAUGAGAGUUUGCAAUGUCUUGGAAGCCAGGGUCGGGUCGUUGGUGUCCAUCACGCUCAUAUUCUUGCUCACCAAGAACUCGAGAAUGUCAAUUUUGGGUCUUCCAGUCAUGACUAGGUCCAUCAACGUCCGCGACCUGGAUGUUUGGAUUGAUUGUGCCAUUCCUGUCUUCGUUUUGCUCUUCACAGAAAGCGGGCAACCGUGAGCAUCGACAAGCCAUUUCACGAUAUCUAGGUUGCCUCCCAUCACCGCACAGUGGAUUGGAAACCUAAAAAUCGCAGGAAAAAAACAACUGUCAGCGAAAGAAAGAAGUUUACAACAAGGCGGACAGCCGAAUUCAAUGCAAACUCACAUGGCCUCCUGGUGGAUAUCUGCGAAUGUGGAACGCAGGUUGAUGUUCCCUUUCUCAUGAAUUAUUACAGCAUUGUUGAAUUGUCCUUGCAGAAGAGCCAUGCAAAAUGCAUUGGUCAACCAAUCGCAAGAUUUGCAGACUCGUACAGUUUUGGAAGUCGCAUUAAAUAAACCGCCCAAGUAAGUUUUAGGAAUCAUUCUGAUACCCCACUGACGAGAGCAUUUUUCGCAAAUUUGAACACCGCAAUUCUUGCAGUAGUUGGAGGUGCACUUCGACGUAAAUUUUGCCGAGCAACAGAAACAUCGAAUACUACCAACCAUCAUUUUGGGAGGGCUGUAAGCUUUCCCAAAUUUUCUAGCCUCGUUUUCUUUUGAGAAAGAGAAACUCAAACAUCUUCGCUCGUUCUCUUCCGCUGCCCCUCGGAAAGUGACGAUACGAGUUAUCCAGCUUGAAGUCGAUACGCUGUAAUGGACCGAGAAUUCAUGAAGAUCACGCUUCCGUAUGGACUGGUCGGAAAGCAGACUAAUGUCGAAUGACGACACGCGACGACGGUUAGGUCUAUUUCCGAUCCCAAUUGCAGCAUUUGGAAUAGGGUUCUCGUCAAUCCGAGCUAUCGAAUCCGAUGAUUCCACAGAUAAAAGAUCCAAAGUUGC